AAGGCUCACGAACGAUUUUUUAAAAAACUAAAGUAAUAAAUUUUGGGGAUAAAAAUACAACUCCGCACGAGUUCCGUCGAAUAAUCGUAAGGUUUUAUAUGAAAAACAUGUUUCAAUUUUGUGCAACGGUUUGUUGUAGUUCUAAAACGUCAGACAAUUUGUGGGUGUAUUGGUGUGAAAAAGGAUUUUGAACAAACCUCCGUUCCACGCACGGUAAUCGAUUCAGGAAUUCUUAAAUGCUUUCAUAUAAAAAACAGAAGGAUUUUAGAAGCAGACACUUUUCCCCAUUAAGCUUUACGGUGAGAACCAGUGGAAUCCCGUUUAAUAACAAAUAGGUACGGAAAAUGUGUUGCGUGAGCGUGACCUGUGCCCAGACUUGAGUGUGUUUCGAAUAAACAUGAUUUAAUGGUGCGACAAAAUCUUCCACUACUCGGUUCCGUCCUGUGUCAGCGCCGUGGUAGAAAAAUAUGCGACCGAAACGAAGUGCCACGCCGUGGAAGGUUUUAGCUAAUCGCGAGUAGAAUUGUUAGAACGCUUAGAACAGCGAAUUGGAAAUCGACACGGAAGGCCAGAGUUAAUAUAUUGCCACAGAUAUGCCCGAACAUCUCGAACUGCAACAGCUGGUGGACGGUGUGUUGCAGGGCACUACACGCCAUCCGUCCCUGUCAUGGUUGCAAUGCUCAUGCCCUUAUCUGGGCAUCAUCCUUGCGACGGUUUCUUCGUUUUUCUUUUCCCUUUGCUCCGUCAUUGUGAAAGGACUUGUUGACGUUAAUCCUAUCGAGCUGGCCACGUUCAGAUUCAUCGGAGUGCUGCUUCCAUCGAUCCCAAUAGCAAUAUACCGCGAGGAAACCUUUUUCCCGGAAGGCAAGCGUAUCAUACUAGUGCUGCGAUGUUUUGUCGGAACAACGGGACUUAUGCUUAGCUUUUACGCUUUCCGCCACAUGCCGCUAGCGGAUGCAUCGGUUAUCAUUUUCUCCACGCCAGUGUUCGUUGCCAUUUUUGCACGGCUGUUCCUUCGCGAGGCAUGCGGCAUGUUCAACGUUAUCACGAUCGUCCUGACGCUGAUCGGUGUGGUGCUUAUCACCAAACCACCGUUCCUCUUUGGGGACAAUCAGGUGUCGAUAGUGGACGAGCAGGUGAUGGAAAACAGUUACGACAUCUGGGGCCCGGUGGCAGCCCUGUCGUCGACCCUGUUCGGAGCGAACGCGUACGUGUUGCUGCGUGCCCUGAAAGGAUUGCACUUCUCUGUUAUCAUGUCCAACUUUGGCGCCUUUGCCUUGCUUUACACGCUUGUAGUUUGCUACUACAUUGGGGCACUCUGUUGGCCACUGUGUGGAACGGAUCGUUUUCUUGUUAUAGCGUUGGCCCUGUUCAGCUUCGGUGGCCAAAUACUGCUGACGCUCGCACUGCAGUACGAACAGGCUGGUCCUGUAGCAAUCGCGCGAUCGGCCGACAUCGUGUUUGCCUUCAUCUGGCAGAUCAUGUUUUUCAAGGAAACGCCCAGCCUUUACUCCGUGCUUGGUGCACUGCUAGUGGUCAGCUCGGUGGUAUUAUCCGGACUGCGCAAAUGGGCCCUAGCAUUGCCGAGAGACUCGGAAACGAGGAAAAAAUUGCACUUCCUGUAUUUGGAAUAGAUAGUUGUAAGACACCUACACCUACCCCAUAUGUUUCCACAGCAUCCCCAUCAUCAUCAUUAUGGCUCAACUUCAUCACCUUUAAACGGUGUUCAUUGCAAAACCUCGUUUUAUAAUAAGAAAUGUCCCGGACGAAGAUGCAACGCACUCGAAUAGUUCAGAACAGUACAGCCAGCAUUACAAAUUACCAUUAAAAAUCAUUCAAUUUUAAGUCACUUACAAUCUCUCUAUUAACAAACCAGCAAAGCUCGCAUCCACCUUUUAUCACGUGCUGAUGUGCGGUUCCGCACGAUGGACGGAUUAUCAAUGUGAGAUGGGGAGCAUUUAAAAAACCAACAAAAUGAUAAACUGUAAGACUUUAUGACGACCAAAAUCAGAAUGUAAGUGGAUAAGAGAUAUUUUUAACGAUACAUUAUUCAACUAUGGAAUUGCUUUCCUUCAUUGUUUUAACACAAGCAAUGGGAUCUAAACGCUAACACUAAACAACCACAAAACUUACGCGCAUCCUCGACCUUUCCAAAACUACAUUUACCUUUGCGGUGGUGGUACAGAGCAGAAGGGGAAGGGAAGGUGACUUUCCUUCUGGAAUUCUGCGACCAUCCCUACACGGUUGAAACCCUGUUCGGGGUCUAAAGUUUUCUAAAGGAAGAGGGCCUGCAGUGGAGAUAGAGAGAGGGAGAGAGACAAGAAUAGAGCAUGUUAUGAUUCUAGUCAAAAACGUUUUCCGUCACGUUCAAAGGACAUCAGCAAAGUAAAACUAAACAUCACGAUAUUAGGAGAACUCAAACGCUUGUCACCAAACAAAAAGAGAAGAAGAAACAGGUUUCUGUCCGUGUUUCUUGUAAUAUGAAAUAUUAAAUAGUCUAAUAAAACUGCAUUGUGAUUAAAAGUGGUCUCACGUUCAUGCCGCCAAAGAUGGUGUUAAGUAAAGAGUUUUGAUAAAUACUUUGGUUUACUUUGGAUUUAGGGCAUCAUUCCAAUUUACCACACGUUCCUUCACGCAUGUAUCCAUAAAUGAUGCGCAUAAAAAAAUGGUUGAACAACAAGAACCAUAAACUAUUACUUAAAAUAAAUUCUCUUUAAUGAAACAAA